AGUCAUUUGAAAAACUGUAACAUUGCGGAACUAUUCAGUAUUUGGCGAGCAUCGGAAAUAUGGUGGAUGGUUCAGGUCAAGCGUUUGGCGGAAAGUUCAGAGUUGGCGAUGUUCAAACGAAAAAAUUUCGAGUGCAUCAUAGGCACCAAAGUAAAGAAGAAAGAGCUUUGCUAGAGUUAAAUCAUCCAAACAUCGUCAAACUUCAUGAGCGUGAAAGUGACUAUGUCUAUUUGUACUAUGCAUUGGGCCCGUGUUUGGACACUUUAGAUCAGCUGUUCUUGAAGUCGGAUGAUGCCAGAAAAUACAAGGGACGUAUGCCACAUCAUAUCGAUGGUUUGCUACAAUUAGCUUCUGGUCUCGAAUACCUCCAUUCAAAUAAUUUAGUUCAUGGAGACAUCAAACCAGAAAAUGUCCUGAUUGCGGAGGAACCUGCUGGCCAAGAUGAGAUAACUCUCAAAUGGACAAAUUUUGGACUGAUCAGAAGUGUCAGUGAAGCAAAGCAAACCAGUCCUAUCAGAAGCAAUAAGGCAUGGUUAGCCCCCGAGUGGCUUCGAUUGAAAAAAAAAAAGAAGAAAAGCCCUACAGGAAAUGUAGAUGAAACCAGUUAUCCAGUAAGCAUCGAGAGCGACGUGUUUGCAAUGGGACUUGUUUUCGGUAAUUUACUCUUGAAUGGCGAACAUCUCUACGGUUCCAUCGAAAAUAAAAUUGCCGAAAACAUAGUUAAAGGAGAUCCCAUUAACAUGCAAAAAAUGGAUGGCAAAUUGCGCGACUGUUACGAGAAUGACCUGUUCGAAAAAAUGUUGAGAAACGAUCCCAAUGAAAGAAUAACAUCGGAAAAAGUUCUCAUUCAAUUGCAGUCGAUCAAGGAUAAGGUAUAAUGAAUUUAAAGCAAG